AUGGAUUCAUUGAACAUUAAUUUUGACGUUUUAAAAGAGAGAUUAGUUUUGCUGCAUUCUCAAUAUCCAGCCUUCGAGAACAAUCCUAAUGCUUUAUUGUUUGUUUUGGGUUCUGCUAAUGCAGAAAACCCAUACCAAAAGACUACUAUCUUACAUACUUGGUUGAUGGGCUAUGAAUUCCCUGCCACUUUAAUUGCCAUUUUACCCGACAAGGCAAUUAUCAUCACAAGUGCAGCAAAGGCUACACAUUUGGAGAAGUCAAUUGGUAUGUUUGAUAAGGAUACUGACAAGUUCAGCCUGGAGAUCUGGAAAAGAAACAGCAAAGAACCAGAUCACAAUAAGAAAUUAUUUACAGAUCUUUUGAGUUUAAUUAAUGAUGCAGGAAAAACAAUUGGUUUACCAAUCAAAGAUUCAUAUCAGGGUAAAUUUAUUAAUGAAUGGGAGCCUCUCUGGGAAGAAGCAAAAAAAACUAAUGAAUUUAACGUCGUUGAUUGUGCUUUAGGCUUAUCAAAAGUUUGGGAAGUUAAAGAUAAGAACGAGAGGGCAUUCUUAAAUGCUGCCAGUAAGGGUUCAGAUAAAUUUAUGAAUCUUCUAUCUGAUGAAGUAGUACGUGCUGUAGAUGAAGAAUUGAAGAUUACAAAUGCAAAAUUAUCAGAUAAGAUAGAAACCAAAAUUGACGAUACUAAGUUUUUAAAAAAAUUAGGUAAUGAUAUUUCAUCAGUUAUGCCUCCUAACCAUAAAUUUAAUAUCGAUUUAGUGGAUUGGACAUAUUCUCCAAUCCUUCAAUCGGGUACUAAAUUUGAUUUGAGAGUUUCAGCUGUAUCUAAUAACGAACAAUUGCACGGUAAGGGCUGUAUUCUUGCCUCAUGUGGUAUCAGAUAUAAUAAUUAUUGUUCAAAUGUUACCAGAACCUUCUUAAUUGAUCCUUCAGAGGAAAUGGUAAAAAAUUAUGAUUUCUUAUUAGAUUUACAAAACGAAGUUAUUUCAAAUAAAUUAAAGGUUGGAUUGACACCAAAAGAAGUUUAUAAUUCUGUUGUUGAAUUUAUUCAAAAAGUGAAGCCCGAGUUGGCUCCACAUUUCACUAAAAACAUUGGUUCAUUAAUUGGUUUAGAAUUCAGAGACUCUAAUUUUAUUUUAAACGCAAAGAAUGAUUAUCGUAAAAUUCAAGCAGGUGACUGCUUUAAUAUAUCAUUAGGUUUCAGUAAUAUUAAAGAUUCCUCUACUGGUGAAAACUACUCGUUACAAUUAGCUGACACGGUUCAACUACCAGAAUCAGACUCUUCUGAACCUGAAAUUUUGACAGUCUGUACAAAAUCAAGAGCACAAAUUUCCUUCUAUUUCAAUAAUGAAGAAGAACCAGCUGAAAGUAAGCCUAAAAAGGCACCAAAAGUAAAACCUGAAGCAAAUUCUAAAAUUUUGAAAAGUAAGUUGCGUGGUGACGCUCGUAACAACGCUGAAGAAAACCAAAAAGAGCAAAUUCGUAAGGAGAAUCAAAGAAAAUUACAUGAAAAAUUGCAAAAAGAAGGUCUUCUAAGAUUUAGUGCAGCUGACAGUAGUGAUGCUAACGCUACUCCCCAUCAAUAUUUUAAAAAGUAUGAAUCCUAUGUAAGAGAAUCACAAAUUCCAACUAUCGUCAAAGAUGCCAGAUUGCAUGUUGACUGGAAAAGUCAAACCAUCAUUUUACCAAUUUAUGGUAGACCAGUGCCAUUUCACAUUAACUCUUACAAGAAUGGUUCCAAAAACGAGGAAGGAGAGUAUACCUACUUACGUUUAAAUUUCCACGCUCCAGGUUCUGGUGGUAUUUCUAAAAAAAUUGAGGAAUUACCAUAUGAAGAAGGUACGGAUUACCAAUUCGUUCGUUCUAUCACAUUGAGAUCUAAGGAUGGUGAUCGUUUCAGUGAUACAUUCAAACAAAUCCAAGAUUUAAAAAAAGACUCAACUAAGAGAGAACAAGAAAGAAAAGUUUUGGCCGAUGUUGUGCAACAAGGUAAAUUAAUCGAAAACAGAACAGGUAGAACAAAGAGAUUAGACCAGAUAUUUGUUAGACCAAGUCCUGAUACAAAGCGUGUACCAAGUACUGUCUUCAUUCAUGAAAAUGGUAUUAGAUAUCAAUCACCUUUAAGAACUGAUAGCAGAAUCGACAUCCUGUUCUCCAAUAUUAAAAAUAUCUUUUUCCAAUCAUGUAAAGGUGAGCUUAUUGUAAUUAUUCAUAUUCAUUUAAAAAAUCCAAUUUUAAUGGGGAAAAAGAAAAUCCAAGAUAUUCAAUUCUAUCGUGAAGCAUCUGACAUGGCAGUUGAUGAAACUGGUACUGGUAGACGUGGCCAAAAUAAAUUCAGAAGAUAUGGUGAUGAAGAUGAAUUAGAACAAGAACAGGAAGAAAGAAGAAAACGUGCUGCUUUAGAUAAAGAAUUUAAAUACUUUGCAGAUGCUAUUGCAGAUGCUUCAAAAGGUUUACUAACGGUGGAAAGUACAUUUAGAGAUUUAGGUUUCCAAGGUGUACCAAAUAGAUCUGCAGUUUUCUGUAUGCCAACAACUGAUUGUUUAGUUCAAUUGGUUGAACCACCUUUCAUGGUUGUUAAUUUGGAGGAAAUCGAAAUAUGUGUCCUAGAAAGAGUCCAAUUCGGUCUAAAGAAUUUUGAUAUCGUUUUUGUCUAUAAAGACUUUAAGAAACCUGUAACACAUAUCAAUACCGUUCCAAUUGAAUCACUGGAUUUCUUAAAACAAUGGUUAACCGAUAUGGACCUACCUUAUACAGUAUCUUCCAUUAACUUGAACUGGACCACUAUUAUGAAGUCUUUACAAGAGGAUCCACAUCAAUUUUUCUUAGAUGGCGGUUGGAGUUUCUUGGCUACAGGUUCCGAUGAUGAAGCAUCUGAUGAAGAAGAAGAAGAAAUUAGUGAAUACGAAGCAUCUGACGAUGACCCUACUGAUGAAAGUGCAUAUUCUGAUGAAGAUGACAUCUCUGAAGAGCAGUAUAGUGAUGAAGGUAGUGAAGACUUUAGUGGAUCUGGUAGUGAAGAUGAAGGGGAAGAUUGGGAUGAAUUAGAAAAGAAAGCUGCUAAGGCUGACCGUGGCGCAAGUUUCAAAGAUUAG